UCAGCCUUGUUUCAUUCAUAACUUCUUCUUCCUCCUCACUCCUCUGUUACAAACCCACAACUUCCCACUCUUUAAUGGCUCAAUUGCUCUCGCCCGUAUGCACAGACUCGCUCAAAUUCCAAAACCCAUUGCAUAAUUUCUCCUCGAGGAGCCCAUACCCCAAGCCCACCAGAGGUUGGACUAACCUCGCUCAUUCUUCCCGCCGGAGAUUUCGGGUUGCAGCCGCCGGCCAGGCUUCGUCAGAGGCGGUGGCAGAGGACUACUAUACAGUCUUGGGCCUGCUUCCAGAUGCCACACCAGCCCAGAUUAAGAAAGCCUAUUACAAUUGCAUGAAAGCUUGCCAUCCGGAUUUGAGUGGGGACGAUCCAGAGAACACAAAUUUCUGCAUGUUCAUUAAUGAAGUCUAUGCGGUGCUCAGCGAUCCUGUACAACGUCUGGUUUAUGAUGAAAUUCAUGGGCAUGCAUUGACUGCAAUCAACCCUUUCUUCGAUGAUUCCAGUCCAAGGGAUCAUGCAUUUGUGGAUGAAUUUAGCUGCAUAGGCUGCAAGAAUUGUGCCAAUGUUGCUCCGGAUGUCUUUGGAAUUGAGGAAGACUUUGGAAGAGCCAGAGUAUACAGCCAAUGUGGGAAGCCUGAAUUAGUUCAACAAGCGAUUGAUAGUUGCCCAGUUGAUUGCAUCCAUUGGACCUCUGCUGCACAAUUGUCAUUGCUGGAAGACGAAAUGCGCAGGGUAGAAAAAAUAAAUGUUGCAUUGAUGCUCUCAGGCAUGGGAUCUGGAGCAGUGGAUGUGUUCAGAAUGGCAAGCACCCGAUGGGAAAAGAGGCAAUCAAAAGCCUUGGAACAAGCUAAAAUAAGGAUGAUGAAGAAAAAAGGUUCUGAUAAAACUGAAUCUUACUGGAGCAACCUUUGGGGCAGUCCAAAAGACAUCCAAAAUAAAGAGGAGGAAGUGAAAGAGAGAGCAAAGAGAGCUGCAGCAGCUGCUCGAAGAUGGAGGGAGUACUCAAGAAAGGGUGCAGACAAACCCCCCACCUUCAAGCUUCCUGAGGCAAUCUCCAACAAGAAGGAAAAAUGACCAAUGAUUCUUGAUACCCUUUACCUUUUUACAUUCCUAUAUUUACUUGUAAUCAAUACAUCUAGAGAUGGUUAAUGGAAGACACAUGUGAUGAAUCAUGUCCCUCAUGUAAUUUAUAUGUAAACAAACCCAUUGAUCUGGGGACCUUGUAAUUAUGAUCAACCUAUUUGCCAUGAAACAAAUUAAUGAAGCAGAAAAAUAAAAGUGAAUUAUGGAAGAUUAA